CAAGUAGUUUGGACUUUGGAGAAUUCAGCUGAGUUAUCAUUUUCUUCAUUCACAAAUCACAAUCGUCCAAUCAUAUUAUCUCACUUACUCGAUUCAAAUGGAGUGGUUCAGACGCAACCUUUCUCGGAGCUCAACUAACAAUAGCGCAGUCUCAAAUCCCAGUUCACAAUCCAACUCCAAAGAAUCUCAACAAGAAUCAGAAGAACAAAUUUAUGGAAUCACUCAAGAUUUGAUAAACCACCUCAAGUCCUUCACCAUUGACACCUUUAAGAAUUUCCCUCUCCAAGAUGAAGAUGAUUCCGCGAAUGGCGAAGAGCCUCGAUCGAGUUCAACCAAAGUUAGAAAGGAUCUAUCUCAGUGGCAGGAGAGACAUGCAGUUUUGAUACUCUCAAAAGUCAAGGAAAUUUCUCAACUAAGAUAUUCACUGUGUCCCCGCCAUUUAAAAGAAGAGCAAUUUUGGAAAAUAUACUUUAAGCUUGCCAGGAGUUAUGUUGUCGAAUAUGAGCUGCGUGCCAUUCAACGGGAAAAGCUGAAAAAGAUGGCAAUGGAGGAUGAGAAAUCUUCAGACAACAGUCCAUACGAGGUUGAAAUGUCUGAAACAAAGCCUGGGAACUUUCUAGAGCCUCAACCACCAUCAUAGUUUGAAAGCACAUCUAUUGUUUAGUAGUUAAAAAAGAUGGUGAAAUAGUGCUGAAUCCUUGAAAAAUUCUGAAGGUAGAUUUGGGAAGGAGGUAUGCUACUUCUGUAAACGAAAUGUUUAGGUUCCAUGAAAAAAAUCAAAACCACAGAUCCAACAAGUAACAGCUGAACCACUGUGGCAGAUGACUUGCCCUGCCUUGAUUUUUAUCAAACACGCUUCUUUUAUGUGAUUAACACCAAUGAAUGAAGGAUGAAAUUUAUCUUGUUUGGUUUCUAAUAUUUGUCUUCUCUCUUCAUAUCUUUUGGUAGAACAAGAAAUAGUGGACUAACAUACAAACUCUAUUUGGACUUGUGGGUUUAACUAGGAUGGGGGCAUGGGGCAUCAAUACUAGAUAGAUAGUUACCGACUAAGUCUUAAAUGCAUGCUGCACUAAGAUCAUCUUUUUAUUUUUUUGUUGCGCAGGAUAUCCCCUAAUUCGAUAGGCCAAUGAGUUGUUGUAUACAUAAGGUGAUAUUCGAACCCCGGUAUUUGUCUAAGAGGACGAAGGAACUAACUACUCGACCAACCCAAGUGGGUUGCUGCCCUAAGAUAAUUUAGCAGCAUAGAUUUAAUGGAAAUAAUUAAUGUAAAAUCAUGCUAAAAUUGGUACCAUUGGAUUAUUUUGGCGCAUAUCGCAUUGUCCAUUCCAGAUUUACCUUUUUAUUUCCCCCAAAGUUUACUUGGUAGGUUGUUCAAUUUUAUUUUUAAUUUGUUCGCAUGAAAUUGUUUCCGAUAAUAUAAUGACACAGCAUAUUUCAAGUUUUGA